AUGGGCGGGCUAGUGGAACUGCGCCUCAAAUCCACCGGUUUUUCCCACAAUAGUCUUGCUGUUGACCCCAUGAAAGGUCAAGCAACAAGAGACUGUGGCAAAACAUUUACUGGAAAAUACGCUUUAAACACACACAUAAGAAUCCAUACAGGACAGAAGCCUUUCUGUUGUGAUUUAUGUGGACGAAGAUUUUGCCAAAAAUCACAUUUAAACACACACAUGAGAAUCCAUACAGGACAGAAGCCUUUCUGUUGUGAUUUGUGUGGACAAAGAUUUAGCCACAAAUCACAUUUAAACACACACAUGAGAAUCCAUACAGGACAGAAACCUUUCUGUUGUGAUCUAUGUGGACAAAGAUUUAGCCACAAAUCACAUUUAAACAGACAUAUGAGCAUCCAUACAGGACAGAAGCCUUUCUGUUGUGAUAUGUGUGGACAAGGGUUUAGCCAAAAAUCUAAUUUAAAUACACACAUGAGAAUCCAUACAGGACAGAAACCUUUCUGUUGUGAUCUAUGUGGACAAACAUUUAGCGAAAGAGGAACUCUAAACAAACACAUGAGUAUCCAUACAGGACAGAAGCCUUUCUGUUGUGAUCUAUGUGGACAGAGAUUUAGCCGAAAAGCAAGUUUAAACACACACAUGAGUAUCCAUACAGGACAGAAGCCUUUCUGUUGUGAUGUAUGUGGACAAAGAUUUAGCCGAAAAUCUAAUUUAAAUACACACAUGAGGAUCCAUACAGGACAGAAGCCUUUCUGUUGUGAUCUAUGUGGUCAAAGAUUUAGCGAGAAAGGAACUUUAAACAAACACAUGAGAAUACAUACAGGACAGAAGCCUUUCUGUUGUGAUCUAUGUGGACAACGUUUUAGCCAGAAAUUUUCUUUAAACAAACACACAAGAAUCCAUACUGAAGUUAAAAUGGCUCUGCUAUGAAUAGUAACUCAGUGCACAGUUGAACUUUGCUGUGAGUUUUUGUUAUUUUAAGGGAACCGUCUUCACUUGACUUUCAGCAUUUCUCUACUAGCUUAUUUUUAGAUUUUUCUUAAAACGUUUAUAGUUUUUUCCACUAUAUUUAAUUUGUUCAAACUGAGCUGUAGUACAGGUGUGUCCUUAGUUGCUGCAUGCUGCUCUAAUCACAAGGCCCGACCCCCUGGGUAGUGAGAUUUAUUCACGGUUGUCUGAUGUUUUUUUCUGAUUGAGAUUACUUUUAGUGGUUCCCCAUAGCGAAGCUCAGAAUUUAAGUUUGAAGAAACAUCGAUGUUUAUCCUUGAUGGGUGAGUGAUGUGAAUGGUUAAGAUAAUGUUCACAUAAAGUUUAAACCAGAAGUUUACAAAUGCUAUGUAAAAAGAAACAUAAGCUUGGCUGGUCAUGAUAAUCUCUAAAUCCUUCUGUUUCUGCUAUGAUUAUAAAAAGGUAUACAGGAAGUAUCUUAUAUGCCAGUUUCCAGUCUAACACAUCAAACUUGGUGAUUUUUAUCAUUAUGUUUUUCAUGGAUUGGGUUCAACCCUUAACACAAUGCUUGGAUUUUACUGUCGGUUAAAACUGAUCUUUCAAGAAAAUCAGCAUUACAUUUUAUCUUCACAUUUUUAUUAGAUACACACACUUAUAAUCAGCAGAUCAGACCUUAAAGCGCAACGCUUUUGCCCGUAAAAGUUUUUUUUAUUCACUUUUUCACAUGUACAUGACAUUAAUACAUUUCUUAACACAACAUUCAAGAUUACCUUCUUCAUAUUAAGAUCCCUAUGCCUUUAAACCAUUUGGGAAUGCUCAGAUGAUGAUGCCGUGUCUAUGGAAGCUUCUGAAAGGUUCGUUGACAAAAUUAUAUUUGAUUUUAGACAUCUGUUGAUGUUUUAAAUGCACACCUAAAACCAUCUGGCUCCAUCUUGAAAUACCUAAUUAUAGCUCUUACCUCCUGUUCCUUGACCUUUCAUGGGGUCCUGAGUAAGAAAACUUUUGUGGGAAUAGAAGGCGCUUUGGACUGCUAUACCAAUUUCGGAGAGCAUUUUACUCCGAUGUCAUAAUGUGACGCAAAUGAUGCGAGUCAAAUCCUGACCUAUAGCGUUCUGAACAAGAACUGCAAAUAUUGCAAGUUAGACAAAUGUAGCAAACAGAUGAAGCUCUCAUUAUACAAACCAAAACAUAUGAAGGUGUGUAAACUUAUAUAGACUUUCUGGUUCCAACAGUAACUGGUCCAAUUGCUUAUUCUCUUCUUAAACAAAGCGGACAUACGAGCAUGAUUUUGUUAAAUAAUAGACCUGUUUUUGGUCUCCCCAGGUUCUUUUAUCUGAUAAUGUGGUGUUUCUAUUGUAGACUUCUGUAGUAAUAAAAAUACUCUUCAAACCGUAACUAGGUUUUACCUUUUACCAUUUAAUCUAAAAGGAAGAGGGAUGUUUACAGCUUCAGUACUGGAUUCUCAUAAAACAACGCAACCGGUGCCUGAGAACCCCGUUUGUUCCCUCACACAGACAUUAAAUAGGAAGCAUUUGCCCACCCAUUCAGGGGCGUUCACAGUAUAUCAGCGUUCUGUUCAUCACAUUGGUGGAGAAGAUCACACCACAAUGCAGACGUGUCCUCACUGACACAUUUUUCCCCAAACAGUCGUCGUUAUGUCCAAUCCAAGUAUGUCAGACUCUGUGCCUCCAGAGUCCAUGGUAACCAACCUCACAGUCCAGUCUCUGUAAUCUCAUAAUCUCUAACAAUCCCCCUAUUGAUGUGCCCCAAAGCACAUCAUAACAAAAUAGUUCAAAUGUCCGUUAGCCCCCGCCCCCACAACAAAAGAAAUUCCAAAAAGAAAAUAGGCCGGACAAACAUCAAUGGGAACGUUAACCACCAAUCAGCAUGAAUAAUACAGAAUUCAGAAUAUUUCACCCAAGACCACAGUCCCAGCAUUUAGCCACAAUUUAGGAUUCAAAUAAUUGAGUAAGGCCUGCUUUAGGCUCCUACGUGCACAUUAUUUAAAUUUUACAUUAGACUAGGUAAGCUAAGCAUGUUCGGUAACCAAGAUCAAAUCCAUCUACUCUUCCCCCACCCUGAAAAACCACUUACUUGGUCCUCAACUCUCCAUUCCAUGGACAAACAUUCAUCACUUCCAUGCCUUAAAAAUCCAAGAGUACUAGUAGGGGGUAUCACAGGGCGGGCGGGGCCUGUCCCCACCAGAAAACUCCAUCCCCUCUAAGAGAUGGUAAAAACUGAUGAGACCCCCAGGGAAAUCUCGCUUUCAGUCAAUCUGAGCCAGAAAACUCCGUCUGAAAUCUGAAAAUUAUCAUUACUAAGUAUUUUAAGGACCUUUGGUUCUAAUCAGAUCCUGGUUCUCCUUAUAUCAAAGCAAAAAGAUUGCAUCAACUGUAGGUCUUGGUGUGUGGGUCCGUAGCAGACAGUUUCCAUUCUUUAUCAUAAAACCAUAAUGCAACGUCACAGUAUAGAUGUCACAACACAGAAAAUCAAACAGGAUCAUGUAAGUCAGUGGAACAGAGCAGUUGAAAAAGCAGUAACACAAUAUGAAAAGAGUCGGUAUGUCAAGAACAGCAAGUAAAGAAAGCCUUCAGGCCAUUCAGAGCUCAUGGCUCUGAAUGUCCUCUGAGCCACAAAUUGUGCAUAAGUGGUCGGGUCAGGCAACUCUCUUCCAUAUCAGGAUAACUUCUCUGGCUUCUUCUGCCCAGUUUUCAUCAGUACUCUUCUUGUUCCCCUGCUUGUAGCAGAUUCAGCUGGAUGGCAAUGUGUGUUCAGCUCUGGCUCGGGCAAUGAGCGUUUAAUUUUGCAUUUCCUCCAAUAAGCUGCUCCGUGAAGAUUGUUGGCAAACACAAGGCUUUGUUUUCUGUUC